AUGAUUUUAUUAGAUUAUCACAAUAUUGUAAUCGAAGAGGCGUUAAAACAGCCAAUAAUUGGCCUUGAACCUACGGCAUUAGACAUGACUGUUGUCGAUUUUGAUGGUGUAUCCUAUCGCAUUUCGACAUUUCAAUCCAAGAAUGUAAUUAAAUUUUCAGUUGUGAUGCAAUGUUAUAAAGAACUCCUUCAAUGGGGGGUUCAGGAUAUGCUACAAAGAGAAUAUAGUCCUUAUUGUCAGACAGAAACCGAAGCUGGUUAUGACUUAAGUUUAGAGUUUGUUCUGCAGGAAUUGCCAGAAAGUAGAGAGGAAAGAGAGGCUUUAGUGAGAAAAGUAUCAUUGAUUAAGCGCAACCUUUUGGCACAACCUUUUGAACGGGCUUUUGAACAGCAAGCUCAAUUUGAAGAAGAGAAAAAAACAGAUCCGACACCUGAUCUCAUGCAGAUUAAUUAUAGAGAUCAAGAAGCUAUUUACAUUCAAGCACAACACGACAGAGUCACUGUUAUUUUCUCUACAUUAUUUAAAGAGGAGACUGAUAGGAUAUUUGGUAGAGUGUUUCUGCAGGAAUUCGUCGAUGCGCGUCGGCGACCGGCUAUUCAAAACGCACCCCAAGUGCUUUAUUCUAGUAAAGAACCGCCUUUAGAAAUAAGGCACUUGCCAGAGUUACAAAAUGCAGGAGAAAGCGAAGAUAUUGGAUAUGUUACAUUUGGUAGUUAUAUGUCACCUACCUUUAUGUUCUUUAUCCAGCUCAUAACCCUACCAUGCUAA